UGUAAGUUAGCGCCUGACGGGCAUUCUGAGGUGGCAGGCUAAGGGGCAGAGCCGGUAGCGGUGGGUAGAGGACAGGGCAGUGGCACCCACAGUGACCCGAAUGGGCGGAGUGGCAGAGAGGGAUAGAAGGGCAGGCCUGGCAGGGUGCGGUCUCGAGUGGCAACUGAUGCCUCAAAAUUCCCAAUUCAACUGGGAAAGGCAAAAAACGGCAGAACCAGUAGUGUUCCUCCUCGUUUGACAUUGACAGCACCUCAGUGGCAAACCACAGCAUCAAGAAGACAAUCUACGACCACUGUUCACUACAGAAGAGCUACUUUGAACCUGUUUUGUUUAAAUGAGCAGCCUUUUCAACUCCAUACCCAUAUCUGUUGGUUCCCGACGAGGAGAAAGAACAAGAUACAGUUCAACGGCGACGUUUGGACAACACCGGACUUGGACCCCCGGAGACAUUUAACUUUUACCCAUGCUACCGGUUCCAUAAAACAAAGCAAAUGACUUUUUUUGGGGGGGCCUUUUACGGACAGUUGCUGUGCGCACCGAGGAUGGCGUGGAUAAGGCUUAUAUAAUAUUGAAAUAUUCUGUCCCCUAUCCUCCAUUCCUUACCCUGUGGGGGGAACACGGAGCAUCCAGGGGAGGGGGUAGCUUGGGACACCACCGCGACCUGUGCCACCUUACUACUCCGCUUCGGAGUGGCCGGCUCUGCCGGUCUGGCUGGGAUGCGUCUCUCCGUGCUUGUAGGGCUCUUCAUCGGCUGCGCCCUGCUUCUCGCACCUGUAACCGAGGGCUGUGGGCCGGGGAGGGGAUACGGCAAGAGACGUCCGCCAAAGAAGCUCACACCCCUCGCUUAUAAGCAGUUCAGCCCCAACGUUGCCGAGAAAACACUGGGAGCCAGUGGCAAACACGAGGGGAAAAUAACGAGAAAUUCAGAACGGUUCAAAGAGCUCACUCCCAACUAUAACCCUGAUAUUAUAUUUAAAGAUGAGGAGAAUACGGCUGCCGAUCGACUUAUGACCCAGCGCUGUAAAGACAAGCUGAACUCCCUGGCCAUCUCUGUGAUGAACAUGUGGCCUGGGGUGAAGUUGAGAGUGACAGAGGGCUGGGACGAGGACGGGCACCACUCAGAGGAUUCCCUCCAUUACGAGGGAAGAGCGGUGGACAUCACCACCUCAGACCGGGACAGGAAUAAGUACUCCAUGCUGGCUCGCCUGGCCGUGGAGGCCGGCUUCGACUGGGUCUACUAUGAAUCCAAGGCACACGUGCACUGCAGUGUCAAGUCAGAGCACUCAGUAGCAGCAAAGACCGGGGGCUGUUUCCCUGGUCGUUCUUUGGUCACUCUGGAUGACGGGAGCAGCAGGGCGGUCCAGGACCUCCAGCCAGGUGACCGGGUCCUGGCCUCCUCAGGGGCUGACGGCAGCAGGAGCGGAGGAGACCUCGUAUACAGCGAGUUCUUCACCUUCCUGGACCACGAGCCUGCAGCGAGGAAACAGUUCUACGUGUUGGGAACAGAGACGGGAGCAAACCUGACCCUCACUGCAGCUCAUCUUGUGUUCGUGACAGAUGGUAACUGUUCAGUGGGCAAAUCGGCAAAAGGUGCUGUCAUGCGGACUAUGUACGCCAGCGACGUACGGCCAGGACAGUGUGUGCUGACUGCAGGGAGAAACCAGGGACCACAGGGAAACCUGUCCCAAGUUAUCUGGGUCCACAUCCAGAUGGACACUGGGGCCUUCGCCCCUCUGACACGCCACGGCUCACUGGUGGUGGACGGCGUUCUAGCCUCGUGCUACGCUGCUAUGGACCAGCACCACCUAGCCCACUGGGCCUUUGGUCCCCUCCGCCUGCUGUACAGCUGGACCAGAUGGACCGGGACUGGUGCCUCUCUAGGAGACGGACUACACUGGUACUCACAAGUCCUGCAUUGGAUAGGAACGUUCCUAUUGGACCCUGGACAUUUCCACCCCUGGGGGAUGGUCAUGCAUGACUCAGAGAGAUAAAGAGAGAGAAAGAAAAAAGACCGGGAGGUCGCAAGAAAAUUGUCCAAUCAAAUCUAAUGUUAUUUUGUCACAUUGCUUCGUAGAAAACAGGUGUAGACUAACAGUGAAACGCUAACUUACGGGUCCAUUUCCAACAACGAAUAACAAAUAAAAAAUAAAGAGUAAAAGUAACAUGGCUAUAAAAACUAUAUAUACAAAAGUAUGUGGACACUUAAAAUUAGUGGAUUUG